AUGCACAGAUUUCUUUUCUCUUGCAUACUUUUGCAUUUAUCUACCAUCGAUUCAUCUCAUUUUCGUGGUGGAACAAUCACAUCCCGUCCUUUCAACAAUACUGCAUCAGGCACUUCGAUCGAUGUUAUUGUGCGAGAACGAUGGUCAUGGCGUCGAAGUGCAUACUCUCCCAAUUGUUCUCCUGCUACCAUUGCUGCACAAACUCCCAAGAUCGGUGAUUCAAACACCCUCAACUGUGUAUCUGGUACAUGUGGUAGUUAUUGGACAGGCAUGCCUGUCCCUACUUACUGCACUGAUUUCAGUGCUCCUCUUGAUGUGGCUUCUGGUGAAUACUAUCAAACAUACACAAUACCAAUCAACAUCACAUUCAGUAUCGCUUUUUCAUCGAGUGCUUGGUUUGCUGCUCUUGUUGUCGGAGGUGGUGGAAGUUGGGCUGUUGUCGGCCGAAUCAGCACCAUCCUUCGACCUGAUGGCUACCUCAACACAAGUCCUGUUGCUGUCAGUCUUCCCAUUCUCUACAAACAGAUUAACGUUCAACAUGUACACGUUGUUCAAAUGUCUGAUUUCGAUGGCACUGACAUCUUACAAUGUCGAUGGUCCGUUGGAGGAACAUCAACCAUCAAUCAGUAUAAUGAAUGUGCUGGUGUGUGCAAUGGCAUACCUGGUGCCAAUCUCAUUGGAGCGAACUGUACAAUUGUGUUCACACUUGUGACACCUAGUUGGUAUGUUGCCGCAGCAUUGCAAAUCGAAGAUUUCUAUAAUGCUGCAGCAUUGUCAGCGAACACUCCGAUGACUUCGGUGCCACUUCAGUUUCUUUUCUAUGGUUAUCCAACACCCACUGGUUGCAGUACACCACCAGCUAUCAUUGGUAGUCGACCAAAUCGGGCUUGCAUUGGUGUACUGGUUGGUGAUAAUGUCACUGAAUUGGUGAUCAUUCAAGUUUAUUGUACUGGCAAGAGUAUCGUUGAUUAUGUUUCUAGUGUACCUGUUGGCAUGACAAAAAGUGCCAUUUUAAAUCCUAGCACUGGUAUCUAUGAAAUCGUUCUCAGUUGGGUUCCUGUUGCCAGUCAAUAUGGUCCACAAGCUGUUUGUAUGGGUGCAGUCGACAAUACGAACAUCCAAACAAAUCAAUGGUGUAUCACUUUCUUGGUUGGUUUCAAAUCACCCGAUGUCAUUCGACCGAAGAUGGUGCAAGGUUCAGCUUCACCUAUUGGCACUGUUUUUCAAAAUCAAACUACAUUCUCCAUUCAAACAUCGAUCUCAGUCAAUCGUCCCACUCGUAACGGCACAUAUAUCUACUUUUACUUUGCCAAUGGCACUCUUGUUCAGAAAUAUGAUUGUGGCUGGGAACCAGAAGUCACGUACACGGGUUUCACCAUUGUCAUUCGUUUUCCUGUUGCACCAUGGCAGCCUGGAGCUUUCUACUAUGUCAACAUGGACAGUGGUGUGGCUAGUGGAACUGAGUUUUGCGGUCCAGAAUCUGCACCCAUCACUGAUCCGACCUUCUGGGUGUUUAACAUCUGGAAUCCUGCACUCUCAUCCACAACAACAACUACGACAACACCCUUUUCAACUGUCACAGUCACAACAAAACAAACAUCGACAACAAGCAUCAACACUCUCUUAACAACGACCGGUAUUGUUGUGACAACCACCAGUCCACCAACAACAACAUCCACAGCUCCAACAACGGCACCACCCACGACAGCUGCACCAACGACAGCUGCUCCAACGUCACCUGGUUCGACAACUGAAUCGACUGUUGCUGUUUUGUAUCCGAAAGACUUUGUAAGUAACAUUCAUCAUCAUCGUACAUAUGUCAUUCUUUGCUGCAAUGGUACCAGUUCAAGACAACGUCGAUUAGGAAAAAAUGGUCCUGAAGUAUCGUGUAUCGGUUGUGGAGCAAUUGUUAUGGCAAACAUCGAUGGAAAAGAGGACCAACGAUUUGAAAUUUAUCAUCGUGCAAUCGAACUUGGUUGUAGUUUUUUCGAUAGCGGCGAUGUUUAUGGCGAUAGCGAAGAUUCGCUUGGAAAUUAUUUUUCAAAGUAUCCAAGUCAACGCGAAAAAGUGUUUCUCGCCACAAAAUUCGGUCUUGUUCACUCGUCCGAAUCGAAAUCUUAUAUUGCACGUGGCGAUGCCCAAUACGUUCACGAAGCGUGUGAAAAAAGUUUAAAACGUCUCCGCGUGCACUCUAUCGACCUUUAUUAUGUUCAUUGCAUCGAUACGUCAAUUCCAAUUGAAGAAACGAUCCAUGCGAUGAAAGAAUUGAUUGGUCUCGGGAAAAUCAAACACAUUGGGUUAUCCAACUGUUCAAGUGAAACGCUUCAGCGCGCAUAUGCCAUUCAUCCAAUUUCGUGUGUACAGAUCGAAUAUUCACCAUUUAGUCUGAACAUCGAGAAAGAUCAAAGAAGUCUUUUGCAAACAUGCCGACGGUUAGGGGUGGCAAUAGUUUGUUAUUCGCCGUUAAGUCGUGGACUGCUUGGAGGAAAUAUUCGGUGUUUAGAUGACUUGGAUAAAAAUGACUUCCGAAGACAUUUCCCAAGGUUUUCUCCAGAGAAUUUAACGGAAAAUAUUCGAAUAACUGACGAAUUCACGAAAUUGUGUGCAAGGAAAGGUUGCAGUCUUAGUCAGUUAACCUUAGCUUGGAUCCUUGCGCAAGGUGAAGACUUCAUUCCAAUUCCAAGUACAACCAAGUUGGCCCAUUUAGAAGAAAAUCUUCUUUCAACUCAAAUUCAAUUCAAUCAAACUGAAUUAAACGACAUUCGAGAUAUUUGUGAAAAAUAUCAAGUCGUCGGAGAACCUUGUCCGAAAAACAUGUCACAUUUUUUAUUUUCUGACUCCGCUCCACAAUGA